UUUCCUUUCUCUUCCUCCUCCUGCCGCCGCGGCCGCUGCCAGACCUCGCCAGUUCAGACCCACGGGGCUGCCCUCCCUGCGCUCUCCCUUGCUGCGCGGGCCUGGAGCGCAGCGCGCCCACGGAGAUUCAUGAUGUUGAAAGCCCUUUUCCUAACUAUGCUGCCUCUGGCGUUGGUCAAAUCACAGGACACGGAAGAAACUAUCACGUACACGCAAUGCACAGAUGGAUAUGAGUGGGAUCCUAUAAGACAGCAGUGCAAAGAUAUCGAUGAAUGUGACAUUGUCCCAGAUGCUUGCAAAGGUGGAAUGAAAUGUGUCAACCACUAUGGAGGAUACCUCUGUCUUCCUAAAACAGCCCAGAUUAUUGUCAAUAAUGAACAACCACAGCAAGAAACACCAGCAUCUGAAGCUGUGGGUGCAGCAGCAAAUGCAGCUGCAGCCUCAGGUGGAGCCACUGGGAGCGUAGCAGCCAGUGGCAUGGCUGCAAGUGGAGUAGUGCCUGGGGGUGGACUGGUCGCCAGUGCAGCUGCAGUUGCAGGCCCUGAAGUGCAGACUGGCCGAAAUAACUUUGUCAUCCGACGGAACCCAGCUGACCCUCAACGCAUUCCCUCCAACCCUUCUCAUCGGAUCCAAUGUGCAACAGGCUAUGAGCAGAGUGAGCAUAACAUAUGCCAAGACAUAGAUGAGUGUGCUGCAGGGACUCACAACUGCAGAGCCGACCAUGUAUGCAUCAACUUACGAGGCUCCUUCGCCUGUCAGUGCCCUCCAGGGUAUCAGAAGCGAGGAGAGCAGUGUGUAGACAUAGAUGAGUGUGCUGCAGGGACUCACAACUGCAGAGCCGACCAUGUAUGCAUCAACUUACGAGGCUCCUUCGCCUGUCAGUGCCCUCCAGGGUAUCAGAAGCGAGGAGAGCAGUGUGUAGACAUAGAUGAAUGCACCAUCCCUCCAUAUUGCCACCAAAGAUGUGUGAACACACCAGGAUCGUUUUAUUGCCAGUGCAGUCCUGGGUUUCAGUUGGCAGCAAACAACUAUACCUGUGUAGACAUAAAUGAAUGUGAUGCCAGCAAUCAAUGUGCUCAGCAAUGCUACAACAUUCUUGGUUCAUUCAUCUGUCAGUGCAAUCAAGGAUAUGAGCUAAGCAGUGACAGGCUCAACUGUGAAGACAUUGAUGAAUGCAGAACCUCAAGCUACUUGUGUCAAUAUCAGUGUGUCAAUGAACCUGGUAAAUUUUCAUGUAUGUGCCCCCAGGGAUACCAAGUGGUGAGAAGCAGAACAUGUCAGGAUAUAAAUGAGUGUGAGACCACAAAUGAAUGUCGGGAAGAUGAAAUGUGUUGGAAUUACCAUGGCGGCUUCCGUUGUUACCCACGAAAUCCUUGUCAAGAUCCUUAUGUGCUAACAUCAGAGAACCGAUGUGUUUGCCCAGUCUCAAGUGCAGUGUGCCGAGAACUUCCCCAGUCUAUAGUCUACAAAUACAUGAGCAUCCGAUCUGAUAGGUCUGUGCCAUCAGACAUCUUCCAGAUACAGGCCACAACCAUUUAUGCCAACACUAUCAAUACUUUUCGGAUUAAGUCUGGAAAUGAAAAUGGAGAGUUCUACCUAAGACAAACAAGUCCUGUAAGUGCAAUGCUUGUGCUGGUGAAGUCGCUAUCAGGACCAAGAGAAUACAUCGUAGACCUGGAGAUGCUAACAGUCAGCAGUAUAGGAACCUUUCGCACAAGCUCAGUGUUAAGAUUGACAAUAAUAGUGGGGCCAUUUUCAUUUUAGUCUUUUAAAAUAGUCCACUAUAGGCAUUUAAAUCAACCAAAGAAUAUUGUUAUCUUAAAGCACUAUUUUAUUUAUAGACAUAUCUAGUACGUCUAUAUCUAUAUACUACACACUUACUAAUAAUUCAAUUACACCAUAGUAUAAAGUGGGCAUUUAAUCUGUAAAGAUUCAAAGUUUGUUUUUAUUACUGUAUGUAAAUUAGACAUUAAUCCACUAAAGUGGUCUUCUUCAAGAAAGCUAAGCAUACUCUAUCCAAUGAAAAUUGGAUUCUUUUCUGUAAAAGUGGGACCAACCAAUGAUUUUCUUCUGUGAUGCUAAAGGAAUCUUACUACAGCCCCACUGACAGUUUCAUAAGGAGGCAGCCAUCAUAGCAUCAGAUAGCAUGCACAUUCAAGAAUGAAUUUUUUAACUGCUUUAUAAGAAAAUGGGAAAAGUCAAUAAAUAUAUAUAUUUCUUUAGAAACUGAGGAUCUAC